UUUUCAGCUACAAUUACCUGAAAAUGAGCAUCGAAGCAGUGUGGGGAACAUUGCAAGAUGGUUUAAAUUUGCUGUAUCGAAGAGAGCAUAUGUCGAAGAAGUACUAUAUGAUGCUUUAUGAUGCUGUCUAUAAUAUUUGCACAACAACAACACUUGCCAAUUCAAAUAAUAAUUCGCCAGAAUUUGCAAGUGAAUUUCUCUACAAACAACUUGAAAACUAUAUCAGGACAUAUGUGAUUGCAAUUCGAGACAGAAUAUCAGCGUGUUCUGGUGAUGAACUACUCGGAAAAUGCACCAUCGAAUGGGACAACUUCAAAUUUUCUACAAGAAUCUGCAAUUGUAUAUUUCAGUAUUUGAAUCGAAAUUUUGUUUCGAAAAAAGUAGAAGACAAGAAUGGAGAAAUUGUGGAAAUUUACAAACUGGCUCUAGACAUUUGGAAGGCUGAAUUUUUUGAUAAUUUUAAAGUUAAAACAAUCGAUGCUAUUCUUGAAUUGAUACUUUUGGAAAGAUGUGGAUCGACAAUUAAUAGCACACAUAUUUCUUCAGUUGUCGAAUGUCUGACGGAACUUGAUAUUUACAAGGUUAGCUUUGAACCCCAGUUCCUUGAUGCCACAAAACUCUUUUACAAACAAGAGGUGCUGAAUAGUAAAGAGACUGUUAUAGAAUACAUGAUAACUGUUGAAAAUCGACUGUUUCAAGAAGAAUACAGGAGUCGACGAUAUCUUGGACCAUCUACAAAUGAUCUACUGAUUGACUCAUGCGAAUCUAUUUUGAUUUCCGAUCGGUUGAAGUUCUUGCAUAGCGAGUUUGAACGUCUUUUGGAGGCUAGAAAGGAUGAGCACCUGACGAGAAUGUACAGUUUGUGCAGGAGAGUUACACAUGGACUCGAGGAUUUGAGGGUGUAUCUCGAAAAGCGAAUUUUAAAAGAAGGACACGAAACAUUGCAAAGACUGGCUAAAGACAGUGGACUAAAAACUACACCAAAGGAAUACAUAACCAAACUCCUUGAAGUUCACGAGAUUUAUUUCAACUUGAUAAAUAAAGCAUUCGAUAGAAAUGCACUUUUCAUGCAAUCUCUCGACAAAGCUUCUAAGGACUUUAUCGAAGCUAAUGCUGUGACUAUGUUGGCUCCUGAAAAACACCGAAGCACAAGGUCUGCAGACUAUCUUGCAAGAUAUUGUGAUCAGCUCUUGAAGAAGAAUUCCAAGGUUCAAGAUGAAACGGCGCUAGAUAAAGCAUUAACGGUGCUCAAGUAUAUCAGCGAAAAGGAUGUCUUCCAAUUGUAUUAUCAAAAUUGGUUCAGUGAACGAAUCAUCAAUAAUUCUUCAGCAAGUGAUGAUGCAGAAGAAAAGUUCAUUACAAAUCUAACUGCAACAGAAGGUCUCGAAUAUACUCGCAAUCUUGUGAAAAUGGUCGAAGACGCUAAAAUUAGUAAAGAUUUGACUACUGAAUUCAAAGAUAUCAAAACGGAAAAGUCGAUUGACUUUAACGUUAUUCUUCAAACAACUGGUGCAUGGCCAAGUUUAGAUCAAAUCAAGAUUAUUCUUCCGCGAGAAUUAUCGACAAUUCUCAAAGAGUUCGAUACAUUCUACAAUGCGAGUCAUAAUGGACGAAGAUUGAACUGGGCUUACUCACAAUGCCGGGGCGAAGUUAACUCUAAAGCUUUCGAAAAGAAAUAUGUAUUUAUUGUUACAGCAAGCCAACUCUGCACGCUCUAUCUUUUCAAUGAGCAGGACUCGUUCACAAUUGAACAAAUUUCCAAAGCUAUUGAAAUGACUGCAAAGUCAACUUCGGCUAUCGUAGGAUCUCUUAAUCCGGUUAUUGAUCCAGUGCUAGUAGUUGACAAAGGCAACGAAAAAGAUGGAUAUCCACCUGAUGCCGUAGUGAGUUUGAAUACGAAGUAUGCGAACAAAAAAGUGCGAGUGGAUUUGACAACGGCAAUUAAAAAAGCAACAGCAGAUCGUGAGACAGAUGCGGUUCAAAAUACAGUUGAAAGCGAUAGGAAGUAUGAGAUCAAGGCAUGCAUCGUAAGAAUCAUGAAGACACGGAAAAGUCUCACCCACACAUUGCUCAUUAAUGAGAUAAUUAGUCAAUUGAAAAGCCGGUUUACGCCAAAUGUGCAAAUGAUCAAGAUAUGCAUUGAAAUCCUGAUUGAGCAGUUGUACAUACGUCGAUCAGAAAACGAACACAAUGUCUAUGAGUAUUUGGCAUAAAAUUACUGGCUUUAGUUUAUUUUUUAAUUGUUCAAAGAAAUAAAUGCAAUAAAGUAUUGUGAAUAUCA